GAGUGAUGACUGAUGGAUCAUGGAAUGGAAUAUAAAAAAGUAAAAACCUAGGUACCGAAAUCUGGAUACUACUGAGUUGAUGAAUUAUUAUUGAUGCGUGAUGAUCGGUAAUCCAAUCAAAAAUAGGAAUGCAAUCUUACCACGGAAAUUAAAAAAGAUAGUUUGGAAUGUUGUGCUUAUGGACAUAAAAGUUAAGAAUUACUAGGCAGAAAUCAAAACAUGGACCAAGACGAGCUUAAGUCAGGUUGCCUUUUGUUCCCACCAGCCGGGGGAAAUGUUUUUAGUAAAUUUCCAAAAAAGAAAAACUGGCAACAAAAGUAUUGUGUCUUAUUCAGUGCAAGUAAACAAGGUAUAGAAAGAUUGGAAAUAUAUGACAAUAAAGAAGAGGUGACCACUGGUGCCAUUCCUAAAAUUAUAACACUAGAAAACUGUAUUAAAAUAACACACUCUAGUCCUAACACAAUUACCAUAUUGACUAAGACACUAACACAGCAGUUAAGUGCUUUAUCAGAAGCUGAGACUUUAGAAUGGGUAACAGCACUGCAGUCUGUCGCAUUCAGAGGUAGUUCAUGCAGUCCUAUUAGUUGUGAUGAAGAUAAUGAUCUGUAUUGUUCAUCUGGUGAAGGAGUAUUUUCAGUGAAAAUGUGUGUCUCAGAAGCUUCAACAAGGUGUGGUUUUGAGUCUGUUAGAUAUUUGCUUUUACUGACGGCAACAGCUAUAGAAUUGAGAGAUAUUAAUGAUAAUAAACUUUAUGCUACUUGGCCUUAUAGAUACAUAAGACGGUAUGGUUAUAGACAAGGCAAAUUUACAUUUGAAGCUGGUCGAAAAUGUGAUACAGGUGAAGGGAUCUUUCAUUUAGAACAUCCUAACCAAUCUGAAAUUUUUAAAUGUUUGUCUUUGAAGAUGAAGACAAUGAAGCAAAUGAUUGGAAAUGACAACUUACAUAGCCCUGAACAUUCUGAAUUUAAUAUUCAACCAUGUGUUAACUUGUUCCCUGGUUCAAGAAGUCCCUUAGUUGCUGCAAGGCCUGAAGAUCUCAAUUUAAGUUCACUGUCAUUUAAAACAAGUUCCAUUUCCAGCCAACAAACCAUAAGUACAGAGAGAGAUUCGGCUCCACUACUUAUGCCUAAACCAGCCCUCAAACCAAAACCCCAGAAACCUCCAAGAAAAAUUAUCAAUGUCCCCAAAGUUAAAGAUGUUUCAAGCUCUAUAGAUGAUAGUAUAGACUUUGGAAGAUAUAAAAAACUUGAUAAUUACGAACCCAUUGAACAAAUUAGGAAAGAAAGUCCUCCCUUAGUGCCAUAUGAUAAAGUUGAAGUAAGAAGUGAAGCAUGGAAAACUUUAGGAAUUGAUGAUCCAGACCAUACUGAGUUCACUCCAAAUUUGGGUGACAGUUCAAACUGCAUGAAACUUAUAUCGAGAUCACAAGACAAUUUAAACACUUCUGGCCCUGAGUCAUCAAGAAUAAUCCUGUUACCCAGUCCUAUUGUUGAUCCAGAAGAUGAAAAUUAUGAUCGUUUGCAAUAUUUUGGUUCAACAAGUAAAUUGAAUAAAUCUUCAAAGUAUAAAAAAGUUGAAGCUAGGCCAACAACACUGUCCUUGAAUGAUUCAAAGAGUAAAGAUACAUGGAAUGAUUAUGAUGAGGUUGAAAAUGUAAUGCAGCCGGCACGGCUGGCUGAUGAUUCACACCUAGGAUAUGGUAUGAUAAGAAAGCCCAACACACCUGGCCCUCAGGUACCAUCAGCAGCACAAGCUCAAGUCCUGCAAAAUCAAAUUGGUAUUGAAGAUGUCACUCAUAACAAUUGUAAUGGUACAGAUUAUGCUGUUGUAAGCCGUCCCAAAAGGGUUUAAACUUUAAAGAGUAUAAUCAUAGUUUUUAAGACUGAAAUGACUAUGUUAUGGUAACAAGUAUUCUUUUUAUAUAACCGUAAAUAAAAUAACUCAAAUAAUACUAUCAAUUUGACUAUUGGAUUUUUCAAGAUUUUAUAAAGCUUGAUAAUAUGACCAUUUGAAAAUUAAAGACUGCCAUACAUUCCUUUAUUGAUUUAGACAUUGUGUAAGUACUUUAUAUAGGAAAUUUUUAUAUGUGUAUGAAAACAUCGAAUUUCAAUCAACUAUGUGAUUUUAGUGCCUUAUAUUUUUAUAGUAUUUUUUAAUAAUAUAGGAUUAAUAUUCCAAAUAUAAAUCAUUUGUUAAAUAAUAUGCUGUCUCUUUUUUAAGGACUUUACAUAUUAGUUAUAUACCAUUAGUUUUUAAUUACCAAAAAGAAGUUUGGCAAUGUAGAAUGCAGACAUUAAAUGAAGUAUUAUAUAAUAAACUUUCAAAGUACUGCCUAUUAUGGCCUUAAUAAUGACUCACUACAUUCUGUUUAAGUGCAAGGCAGUGAAAGCAAGGGGCAGAGAAUAGAGUAGUGGGGCUUGUGGAGUUAUUUUUGCUAAGAAAUUACAUACACAGUUAAAGUAAUUGAAUAUGUCAAUGAUUUGCUGUUUUGAUACAGAAAUUUUAAAAUAGUGGUUGUAUAUCAAUGGUUACCUUGUGUAAGUGGUAUAUAAUCUUAAUAUAUAUAAAUUACAUGACACAUUGUUUGUCCGCGAUGGACUCCUAAACUAAUGAACGGAUUUAAAUGGGGAUUACUUCAUAGGGUGCUGUUAGGUCCAACUUGAGAGAUAGGAUACUUUUUAUUUCGAUUUGGGACCCAUAAUUAUUUUUAUUUCCAAUAUUAGUUUUGUAUGGAAAUAUUUUCUAUGAGAGAAUUUAUUGACACACAGUUUGACAGUUCUGCUGUGAAACAAUUUCACUAUAACAACAACGAGCAUACGUUAAGAAAGAAUUCUUGAUGUUAGGAAAUAUUAUUGACAAUUCAUAAAAAACAGUAUUUUAUUUAUUAUACAUACAGAACAAUGUCUGUCGAGUCAGCUAGUAUCUUAUAUUUUUUUGAUGCCUAUAUCAUUUUUCUGAACAUAAGAACAUGUGUAAAAUAUCAGUAUUGGAUAAUCUAAUAUAACUUCUAAUAAUUCUUACAGCAAUUAUUUUAUAUGAAUGAAAUGUAACUGAUAUUACAUAAUGAAUGGUUUUGCAAUUUUCGCCUAGGACAAUGAGCCCCAAUACACACACUUGAGUCAUGUUUUGUGUGUGCUUAUAACACACAUUCUCUCCUAUUUAGUUUAUUUUAUCAUAUUGAUUAACAGUCAUGCUUAAGUACAAUAGAGUUUCUUAUAUGAGCCCAGUGUGGAGUGAGGAUCUCUUCUCAUGGCUAUCAUAUAACUUACUUGGAUAGCAUUGAGUGUGUUACAAGGUAAUUUCUUUAUUAACACUAAUUAUAAUCUAGGCCUGUUGGAGAGAGGAAUGGAGUACAAAUACAAUGAGUAUGAAUGAAUGUUGUUUGUUUUCAACCAAGGGGAGAAUGCCAGUGUAUGUGGCAUGAGGCCCUCAGCCGCACCCAAGUAGGGGAUCACACCUGAGUGUCACACUUUAUGCACCUUCAAGAAUGAAAAAAAUAAUUUUACAAAUUUAACUCAGCUAUUUAAUGUGUUUCAAAGCCCCUUUUAAUGAAUAUUGAGACUUCAUUCAGUUUGUGAAAUAUAAUAAAUUGGACAUGGAUUUUUAUACAAUCCACAAAUUUGUACAAAAUAAAUGAAACAACUCUGUUGUCACACCAUUACAAGGCAAUUUUCGAGGUAUUAAUACAUUUUUUACAAUAUUGAUGUUAAUAGAGAAAAUGUUAAAAAACACAUGCAUAUUCCUUUUUUGUCAUUAUGUUACAUUAGUAUAUGUAUUAUAAUAUUGGUGCCAAUUUAUAGUAGUACAUAAGACAAAAUGGUGCUUUGAUUAUAUUAGCACAAAUUAGUUUUAGUUAUUGAUGUAGGUAUAUGUUAAAGAAUACUUUAUUUAUAGUUUUGCCAUAUUGUGAAGAUGUUUAGUGUUAAUCAAUUUGAAAUAAAAAUAUUAUAUUGGAUAA